AUGGAGCUAACCAACUGCCAACCCCUCCGCUACGGCGGUUCACCCUCAAAAGGGGCUUUGGCGACCGAGCAGGAGCGGUACAGCAUCCCAAACAUCACGGGCCCCUGGAGUGCACACUGGAAAACUACUGCAAGGGACUCGGGGGCCAAAGUAGCAACGGCCAACACGGCGGCAAGGCCCAAGCCAGCUGUUGCAAACCCGGCUGCCGACAAAGGAAGCGACGGCGAAGCAAGCAGGAGAAGGACGGAAUGGACGAAGGCCAAGCCUAGAAAUCCGGAGAGGAGACGAGCCAGACCCGACGCCAUAGUGAUCCAAGCAGUAGGCCUGACGUACAGCCAGAUCCUAAGCAUGGUAACUCUCAGGGAGGACGGGAAGCUAGACGACCUUGGCCCAUGCGUCAAGAAAGUGAGGAAGACAGCCAAGGGCGGGCUGCUACUGGAAUUGGCCAGGAAGAAGGAGAACUCCACACAGGCCCCUAAAGGUUGCAUCGAGGAGGUCCUAGGGAGCAAGGCAGAGGUGCGGGCGUACUCGAAGGAGACCAAGGAGUCGCUUGUCGAGCUACGAGGACUCGACGCACUAGCCACUUCGGAGGACAUCAUCGGGGCUAUCGCGCAGCAGGCAGCGGUGGACCAAGGCGCCUUGAAAGUCAAGAAGCUGAGCAGCAGUUAUGGCGAGACGCAGACCGCUAUCGUAGCUUUUCCCGCGAGCCUUGCCAAGGCCAGUUAUGGCGAGCCGCAGACCGCUAUCGUGGCUUUCCCCGCGAGCCUUGCCAAGGUCAUCAUUGCUGUGGGCAAGGUGAAAGUUGGGUGGUCAGUAUGCCAUAUGAAGGAAAAGGAGGUCGUGGCUCGCUGCUACAGGUGCCUUGGGAUGGGGCACAUCGCAAGCGCUUGCAAGAGCUCGAAUGACAGGAGCGGCUGUUGCUACCGCUGCGGAGACACGGACCAUAGGGCGGCCACCUGCAAAAAGGACCCUCGAUGCUUCUCGUGUGAAGAUAAGGGCCGGAAGGAUGUGAGGCAUCAGGCUGGAAGCAGAAGUUGCCCCAUGGCGGCUCAAGAUGUGCUGUCGCAGACUGCGAGGGAGACGAAGGCGGACAUAGCGCUCCUAAGCGAGCCCCUUAGGACUGGCUCAGACAACUGCUGGGCCGUUGACCUAUCAGGGAAGGCUGCCAUCUGGAGCUGCGGCGCAACCGGCGCGACAAUGCACUCAGUGCACAAUGCGGAGGGAUUCGUAAGGGCUCGGAUAGGUGGGGCAUGGCUUUACAGCUGCUACAUGGCACCUAGCCUAACCACCAAUGAGUUUGAGCGCAUGAUGGACUGCCUAGGAAAUGAUAUCAGUGGCCGUUCUGACGUCCUUGUAGCAGGGGACUUUAACGCAUGGGCGCUGGACUCACUCGAUCUCGUACUGCUGAACGAAGGAAACCAGCACACCUUCAGCAGAGCCGGAGCAGGUUCCAUCAUAGACCUGACCCCUCAAGAACUACCGAGGGAUCCGAAUCCACGAGACUACAGAGUCGGCACGCUCCAGGCGAGGAAAUUCACCGAGGCCGCGCGCGACAUCGGCAACGUUUUACCAAGCGGAGCCAACGAAAUGGCUGAUACCCUGGCUGCUAAGCUGGAGGCAGCGUGCAUGGCGAGCAUGCAGCGGAGAAGCCGCUACCGUAGGAACCACGCUCCCGUUUACUGGUGGAGCGACGAGAUUGGCUCCAUCCGAGCUGAGUGCAUGAGAGCAAGGAGGCUUAUGCAGCGCGCGAGAGGCAGCGACAACUUUGAAGAGCGGCACCUAGCCUUCAAGGACCGACGCAAAGCCAUCCGAGACAGUAAAAGGAAAUGCUUCCUGGAUCUAUGCGACUUGGCGGAGGAAAAUCCAUGGGGCAACGCGCACCGGAUAGUGGUGAAGAGGCUGCGCGCAGGAAGCCAGUCCCCCACGGACCCGAACGUCCUAAGGACCAUAGUGCAAGCACUGUUCCCAGCCGGCAACCAGGUCACCCCGCUUCCCACCCCCCCAGCAGACAAUGAACCGGCUGAGGAGGUAACGGAAGAGGAAGUUCUGGCCAUAGGGAGAGGCCUGGCCCCGAACAAAGCACCCGGCCCGGAUUCGGUUCCUAACCGAGCCCUGACGCUGGCUCUAUCUCUGCAGCCGGGCAGCUUUCAGGAGCUCUACAAUAAAUGGAAACCAAGGGAGGAGGCGUCGUCCUAUAGGCCAAUCUGCCUGCUGGACACAACGGGCAAGGUCUUCAAGAGGGUGAUCGCGGCGAGGCUCGAAGCUGCCAUAGAGGAGGCGGGAGGGCUGUCUCCCAAGCAGUAUGGGUUCCGGAAGGAAAGGUCUAUGGUGGAUGCCAUAGCAGAGGUGGUCGGCAUUGCACGCAACACAAUAACGGCAACCAGGUGGAAAGGUGGCUCCAAGCAAUACUGCCUGAUAGUCACCCUGGACAUCAGGAACGCCUUCAACACGGCGGACUGGGGCAAAACACUGGCAGCCCUAAGGGGGUUCAACGUUCCCAGUGCCAUAAUAAACGUCGUCAGUAGCUACUUUAGCUGCAGAGUGCUACUGGUCGACACGGACAUGGGCACGGAGUCAUUCGACGUUACGGCGGGUGUGCCCCAAGGAUCGGUCCUAGGGCCGCUGCUGUGGAUCGCCAUGUAUGACGGGAUCCUGAGGCUCCAGCUCCCAGCGGGAUGCGACGUCGUUGGCUUCGCAGACGACGUAGCGUUGGUGAUUGUAGCCAAGCACAGGGAGGAAGCGGAGAGAGCGACGAACAAGGCAAUCGAGGCAAUGGAGAUGUGGCUCCAAAAUGCCGGUCUAAGCGGAGCCCCGCAAAAGACCGAAGCGGUGCUGGUCAGUAGCCGCAAGGUGCUGGAAACGGCGACAAUCCGGGUUGGUGGAAUGGCCAUAACCCCCCAGCGGGCCAAAAAAUACCUGGGUGUGAUGAUCGACGCCCGGUUCUCCUUCCGCGAGCACCUUGAAUAUAUCGAGGAAACGGCUGCAGCCACUACCAGGGGCCUCGCCAGGAUCUUUCUAAACACCAGAGGCCCCAAGCAGAACCGGAGAAGGCUCCUCGUGAGCGUUGCCUCGGCGGAAAUUUUGAAUGCAGCGCCCAUCUGGGCUGAGGCGAUGAAUACGCCCAGCUACAGGAGAGGGGUAGAUGCAGCUUACAGGCUGGGUGCUAUAAGAGUCGCGUGCGGCUUCAGGACAGUCUUCGACGACGCCAUUCUGGUCAUUGCGGGGAUAGUCCCGCUGAAGGAGCGCGCUCGAGAGCUCAUGGAGCCGGCGGCACCACCAAUACAGCUGCAAAGGAGGAGGCCAAGGAGUGGUAGCUCACAGCCUGGCAGGAUUGCUGGGACGCGUCGACGAAGGGACGAUGGACACACACCCUCAUUACUAACCUUAGAAGGACUGAUGCCCGGAGUGCGGGAGAGCGAUAGUCGAGGACGGGAGGCACCCGGUAAACCUAGUGGAGGUAAUGCUGGAGAACCAGAUGCUCUGGGACGCAGUAGAAGCUUUUGCUGCAUCGUUAAUGCAGAGGCUCAGGAGCAUCGAGCAGGAGAGGCGGCUCGAAUAAGCUUCGGCAACAGGACAAAGACCCUGAACCUGCUGGUGAUGCCAGGCAUGGAGGACAGUCUGGUGCUGGGAUGA